AUGGCUGAUACCUUGAUGGCCGAUGGGCCAGCAGCCGCACCCGAUUCAUCUGCCCCAUUCUCCCUGCGACCCCGUUUCAAGAUCUCUGACCUUCCACUUGUCAAAGAACAACGGUCCACGAUCGAUGCACUCCUCCUCAAGUUCAAGAAGCAGGGCGGCUACGACUAUCUUCGAAAGCAAGUUUGGGCUUCGUUGAAUACUCCUGAGGCCAGGGGCGCCCUCACCGAGCAGAUCCAUGCCAUUGCACACGCAGAGAUCGAGAAAGACCCAAAACUGCUGAGUCGGGAACGCGGUAAAGCAGCGACAUUGAUCCAGGGUGCCGUGGAUCGAAGCGACAUCUACCAAAAUGUGGAAUCAAGAAUUGACACCGAGCUGGCCAAGCACUCGACUCCUAUGCUGUCUGCAGUGCGUGACAUCCGCAGGGCUGAUGUUGGGCCUGAAAUGGCGGAGGAAGAGGAAAAACGCGGCAGUAAAACGGACGACCAAUACCAAGCAGAGACCGAAAACCGGGCUUCUGAAAGAGAAAGGAAUCGGGCCCGAAUGGAACAGUUGCUCCGUGAAACUGCAGAACUGAAAGCUAAGAUCAAACAAGAAGAGGAGAGGAAACGCAAGAAGGAGGAAGCCAAGCGGGAGGAAGAAGAGCGAAAGAAGCGCGAGGCCGAGGAGGAAGAAAAGAAAGCCGCCCGAGCUAAGCAACGAGAGGAGGAGGAACAGCGAGAAGCCGAGAGAAUAAAGGCAAGGGACGAAAGACACAAAAAGCGUGAGGAAGAACGACGAGAAAGGGAAGCCCGUUAUGAGAAUGAACGCGACCGAGAGAGAGACCGCGAUCGCGAACGUAUUCGUGAGCGAGACCGUGAACGAGAGCGCGACCGAACCCAUGGGCGGGAACGGGAUCGUGACCGGGAUCGAGAUCGAGAGCGCAGGAGAAGCACUGAGCGGAGAGGAUCUCGAGCAGAGUCACUUCUCGCCAAAGACCUGCCUACUGAUGAGAAGGACUUGGAAGCAACGGCCCUCGAACUACUUUUGAACGAAGGCAAACAGCUGGCCGAAAAGUCCAGGCAAAGACCCGAGUUCGAUUUUGAAAGAUCCAAAGUACAUGACAGUUCUCGAAGAUACGCUGGAUCGGAUCGCUACUCAAGACGACGAGACCGAUCUCGAGAUAGUUACAGACAUGAUCAUGACCGUCGAAGCCGAUCUCGCGAUCGACGAGGGUCUAUACAAGAGAAGGAGAAGGACACGGAGAAGCCAAAGGAAAGGGCGAAGGAGAAGCCGGUCGAGAAGUCGGUCGAGAAGCCAUUGGAGAAUCUAAAGGAGAUUCCAAAAGAGAAACCCAAAGAGAAGCCCGCGGAGAAGGCGAAAGAAAAGGAAACGAUUGCCACUCCUCGCCCGCGAACCCCCAGCAAGGACCGUGAAGAAGGUGAAGCACGGAGUCACCGGGACUCGGCAUCACCGGUUGUCGAUAAAGCGAUUAUCGACAAAGCCGCCCUAGCCAGAGACAGAAGACCUCGGUCAGCUUCACCUUUGAACAUUGACCGUUAUGUCCCUGGAGGCGGGUUCCAUCGUACCGAUGAGGAGCGUGAGCGGGCCCGGGAACGGCGCCGGGCUAGAGAAUUAGAGAGAGGAACCGUGAUCGCGAGCGAGAGCGGGACAGAGAGCGUGAUCGGGACCCUGACCGGAAAGAUCGCGAUCGAGACCUCGAUCGAGAGCGGGAGAGAGACAAAGAACGCGACAGAGAGCAUCGAUAUCGAGAGAGGGAUCGGAGUCGGGAGAGAGAUCGCGGUCAUGACCGUGACCGCGACCGGGACCGGGAUCGUGACCGGGAUCGUGACCGGGAUCGUGACCGCGACCGCGACCGUGACCGUGACCGUGACCGUGACCGAGACCGUGACCGUGACCGUGACCGAGACCGUGACCGUGGUCGCGACAGAGAUCAAAGCAGAACACGAGGCCGAGACCGAAGCCGAGAACGGGACAGAGAUCGCGACCGAGACCGAAGCAGAGAGCGCGAGAGGGACCGGGAUCGAAGAGAUCGCAGUCCCCGACGUCGUGAGGAACGGAGAGACGAGAGAAAGGACGAACGUCGGGACGAUAGGCGAGACGACCGCAGGGAUGACAGAAGAGAGAGUCGACGGGACAGAGAUCGCAGUGACGUUCGCCGAGACCGCGACCCUGUUCCGAUUGAUCGGUACGUUCCAGGACGAUGAUCAACUACAUCGAGUUCAUCCGGCCGUCAAUGCUCGCGCAGGCACCGGCCGUCCCAUGAAAGCCGGCAGAGGCAGCAGGGGCAGUUGGUUCGGUUGA